AUGGGAGCUACACACGACGUGGCCUCCACGGAGAAUGGCCAUGGUAGGCCAAAGCCCCCUGACAAUGAAUCCAUGGCCCCUUUCAUGAAGAUGUGCACUACAAUGGCCGAGAUGAAUGUGAUCAAGCUCCUCGUCGAGUAUGAAGUUUUCGAUGCGAUUCCCGAUACAGGAGAUAUUUCGGUUGAUGGACUAUCCAAGAAAUGCAAUUUGGACCCUCGUCUCCUAGAACGCUUUACGAACUUCCUGGUCGUGAUCGACGUCCUGUCGUCGCCCAUGUCCGGACGUGUGGCGCAUACAAAGAGUUCGGUGCAAUACAAGUCCAACAGCUUAACCUUACCCUACUUUAUUCAUUUCUUUGACACUUUCCUCAUCCCGGCGAUCCACUGGCCACAGUUCUUCAGAUCCAACGGAUUCACUGAACCAACGCAGGCUAAUCGGGUGCCAAUUGGACUCGCCUUUGGACACCCGGAGAAGACAAGCUAUGAAGUUCUCGAAACGAUGACGCACAAGUCCGACAUGCUGAAUCGAGCCAUGGCCAAGGCUACGGAAGGACUGCCAAUCACUGGCAUGUACGAUUUCUCAUGGGUUGGAUCAGCCAUCCAGAGCAAGAACUUACAGCACAGAACUGUUAUUGUGGAUGUAGGAGGUGGAAAGGGACAGGCUCUUAAGGCAAUUCUCAAAGAAAAUCCGCAGGUUCCACCGUCACAGUGUGUGCUCAUGGAUAGAGAGCAAGUGAUAGUUGAGGCGAAGCAAGAGGAUGAUGUGUUAUUGCGGCCGGUGAAGAAGGUGGUUGGGAACUUUCUCUGCGAGCAACCUAUUCGAGGUAAUUUCGACCCUAUAACUCCAAAACUAUUUUUGUUGACAUUGACUUACAUACGUUUAGGCGCGCUAAUUUAUUACAUUCGCCGGGUUCUUAAUGACUGGCCCGACGAUGUUUGCGUCGAGAUCCUCCGCACCAUCGUGUCCGCCUGCGCUCCGGACUCGAGGAUCUUGAUAUCAGAGCAGCUUUUAUUUCACCCGCUUUCCGAACUCACUGCGCUGUUGGACAUCGCUCUGAUUAAUAUUGGUGGGAAGAGACGCAGUGUGGGCAUGUUCCAGGCCCUUGCUAUAAGAGCAGGGCUGAGAGUUACCGGGGUCUUUAAAGAUAAAAUAUCCGAUACAGCGGUUAUUGAGAUGAUGCCUGCACAAGGGAUCACAACGUCUUCUUAG